AUGUACAACACCACCCCAACCAUGAACUCCUGGCCGAGCGAGGCCAGGGUUGCCCCCCACGGCCACGAGUGGUUCCGCCCCUUUGCCAUGCCCAUCCUCUGCUCGCCGGAUGGCCAUAGCGCAACCGUUGCUGCCUGCCGACGCAGUUGCCUACUUCGGGCUACCCUCCGCGCGUUCUCCGCCAGGCCUCUUGCUGCCUCCUCCAACAGCUGCUGCUGUGAUGCCAUCACCUCAUGUGCCCGGUCGCUACAGCCCAUGGCUGCCUCUGCGUCCGUACGCAGCCGCCGUCGCGAGAUGGAGGACACCGUCUCCAUCAGGCCCGGUUUCUUGCACGACUCCGGCAAGUCCCACUUCUUCGGCGUCUUCGAUGGCCACGGCUGCUCACACGUGGCGACGACGUGCCAGGAGCUGAUGCAUGAGGCGGUGGCGGAGGAGCACGAGAAGGAAGGGUCCGGCGAGGAGCCUCUAUGGAAAGAGGUGAUGGAGAGGAGCUUCGCACAGCUAGACGAGCGGGCCGCGAACUGGGGGACCACCCGCAGCAGCGAGGAGCCUGCCUGCCGCUGCGAGCAGAAGAUGCCCUCGCGGUGCGACCACGUGGGAUCCACCGCCGUCGUGGCCGUCGUCAGCCCGACCCAGCUCGUCAUGGGCAACGCCGGCGACUCCCGUGCCGUCCUUUCCCGCGCCGGCGUCCCCGUUGCGCUCUCCGUCGACCACGAGCGGUAA